UCUCUCUCUCUCUCUGCUCCUCUCUCACACGCACAAAAUCCUCUGUCAUGGCGUCUUCCAACAAUGUUACUCCCACCAACUGUAGCUGGUGGCCCAUAUCAGCUAUGGAUGAAGAUGGCAAAAUCACAGACGGAGAGGAGAGUCACGAGCCCACGAUAGAACACAAGCCAUUCUCCAAAGACAGGCUCGUUCUGUAUCACUGGACUCAGUCCUUCAGCUCUCAAAAGGUAAGAAAACACAGCAUGAAAAUGAAAGGGUUGCUGUGUGAAGAACGGGAUGUCAGUCUGCCUCUCACUGAGCACAAGGAGCCUUGGUUUAUGAGGCUCAACCUAGGGGAGGAAGUGCCGGUUUUCAUCCAUGGAGACACGAUUGUCAGUGACUACAACCAAAUCAUUGAUUAUAUAGAGACCAACUUUAUCGGAGACACAGUAGCCCAGCUGAUUCCAGAUGAAGGAACUCCCAUGUAUGCAAGGGUACAGCAGUACCGAGAGCUGCUGGAUGGGCUACCUAUGGAUGCUUACACACAUGGAUGCAUCCUGCACCCAGAACUCACAACCGACUCCAUGAUCCCAAAGUACGCCACUGCUGAAAUACGUAGACAUUUGGCCAAUGCGGCAUCUGAACUGAUGAAGUUGGACCAUGAAGAACCGCAACUGACAGAACCAUACCUCUCCAAGCAGAAAAAGCUCAUGGCGAAGAUCUUGGACCAUGACAAUGUGAACUACCUGAAAAAAAUUCUUGGUGAGUUGGCAAUGGUACUAGACCAAGCAGAGGCAGAGCUGGAAAAAAGAAAACUGGAAUAUCAAGGUCAGAAGUGUGAAUUAUGGCUUUGUGGACCUACUUUUACACUAGCUGAUAUUUUUCUUGGAGCCACAUUGCACAGGCUCAAGUUCUUGGGACUCUCAAAGAAAUACUGGGAGGACGGGAGCCGGCCGAACCUGCAGUCGUUUUUUGAGCGGGUGCAGACGCGCUACGCUUUCCGCAAGGUGUUGGGGGACAUCCACACGACCCUGCUCUCUGCAGUUCUACCCAAUGCAUUCCGAAUGGUAAAAAAGAAGCCACCAUCCUUCUUUGGCGCAUCCUUCUUAAUGGGCUCUCUCGGGGGCAUGGGCUAUUUUGCCUAUUGGUUUUUAAAAAAGAAAUACAUGUAGUGAAUGUGCUCUUGUAGUGUUUUGUGUCUGUGUAUCUGUGUGACGUUCGAACUUUUCGGUAACACUGUUUUACGAGAGCAGGAAAAACAAGACAAUAUACAGAGAUUAACACUAUUACUUACUUGGGUGAAUAAUUAAAUAAAUAUAUAAUGAGAACAUUCCAAGACUAGGAAUUCUUCUUAACAGCACCUUCUCUGGUAAUGAAUGCCUUCAUAAUUAUUUUUAUUUUUUUUUAGAUUUACUGGUUUAUUUUAUUCAUAUUAGGCUUGCAUACAGCAUAACUAUGUUGUGUUGUUAUGUCCAGAUUAUAAACACUACACAUUCUGCCAUUUAGGACACCUGUAGGUUAGGUCAGUUAUAUGGUACAGCACAACGGCCAAGCCAACUUUAAAGCCCCAAAUAAUGUUUAUUCAUCUACCAAACAUUCAUAUUUUGUAUUAUCAGCAAUUGAGGGGUUUCCAAACACUUUGCAUUUGUAAUUUUAAGAAACUCCACAUCCACAUCCACAUCUAGUCAUUCACUUUUUAGUGCAGAUCACAGCUGAAACACUGUUCAUUAGCAGAAUGCAACACAUCGCAGUUAGCAUGACAAUUUUCUGGUCUGAAACUAUUUGCUUCGGCAUUCGGUGAGAAGAAUCAGUGACUGCAAACAUUUUAUAGGCCUACAUUUUCAGAAUAUUACACUUUACCAAGAAUGCAAAAACCAAAAACACUGAAGAGAACAGAAUGUUCCUCAUAAGACUGCCAAUCUGAGCAUUUUCUUUCCUAUUUAACUGUAUUUUUUCAUUUUGUUUAAUCACUAGCAAAGUCCUCAAAAGUCUACUGAGUCACAUUAUGAGUAAAGUUCUUGAAAUGGAGGUGGUAUAGAAAUGUGAAUGUGAAGUUCCAGUUCUGAGCGUAAAAGAUAAUGCGACACUUAAUAUGAACGCAAACACACCUUGACAUUCAAUAGAAGAACUACUUGUAAUAAAAAUCAAAUGAUCAUUUAAACUAGUAUAUCCAUUUUAAGCAUGCCACUGUUUAAUUGAAUGGGUUCAUAACCAAAGAAAAUGAUAGGUUUUUCUUUCUUUGUGUUUUCCAGUAAUGCUCACUUUUACAUUAAACUCAGCUUGACUUAGAAUAAACUGUGAGAGACCAUUAAAUGUUUGCCAUGCAGUAAACACAAGAAUAUACCUGAAUUAUAUACAUUGUAUGAGAGAUCUAUACCACCUCACACACAAGCCAUAUACAACUGUGAAGAUGCAUUAAUACUCUGAUUUAAUUUUAUGUACUGCUGUUAGUUAUUUUCAUUACUAUAACUACAACAAAUGUACAGUACAAUGUCUGCGAUUAAUAUCUCAGCACGUUGAUUCUCACAUAGAAAUGUACUUAAUCUGGAAUGUUUGUUAUAAAUUGCGAUAAGUGGUGAUCCCUACUCUGAAACGGAAUGACUGGAAGUUAAAUUAAUACAUG